AGGGCUCCCGAGGAAACAGGCUCAGCCCUCGCCGUCUGUCUGCCGCCUGAAUGCUCGCGGCCGUAGUAGCUGGCGCUGGACUGCAGGGGGCAGGGUGCCUCCUCAAACCUCACACUUAUUUAAAUGGGCGCCACAUGUACAUACAGAACACAUACCAACACAUAGUACAACACCUAGUAAAUAUAGCACAACAGCAAUAAUAAUAAUAAUAUACAUUAUAAUGGAUUAUCAGUAGGUGGGUGUGUAAUGCAUAUGACAAUGCAUGCUGUAAACAUUUAUAUAAUUAUAAAGCAUACUUUUUCGGAGGUCACUCGUGUUUUCUUUUAACUGUGAAUUAGUCUGUUCGGAAAUGGAGAUGCAGAAGUUAUUUAAACAUGUUGUACAUACUGUAGGUCUUGGCCUGCUGUAAAUAACUUCCAGAAGAAUCAAUAAUUAAACUGGCUGUUUGGCGGUAUUUGUGUCGCGCUGUGUAACGGAUGACUGACCCAGACCGAGGUUUAUUAACGCAUGUUCGGUAACGACUGGCUGUGUGAGCAGGGUAUUGAUGCGCCUGGACUGAGGCCUGCCUGAUAAUUGCUUUAAUGACAGGUCUGCUGCUGAUGAUGUCACUCAGUCUGUGUGCUUGCUUAGUGGGGGGCACUUGGGGGACAGGCUUGGCUCUGUGUCAGCAUAGGGGGACUUUGUUGCCCCGGGGGGUGCCCUUUUGAGGCCUCCGUGACCCGGAUGCCGCGGGUCAGGACCUGUUCAGCCCUGAGGUCUAAGUGCUGUGUGGUUCCUUUUCUUACUCCCGGUUUCGGUUAUGGGGGGGCUCAGGCAGUGGUGUGAGGGGAAGCCUUGUUUCAUGGUGACCACCCGUGCAUACAAGCCUGGUCCGAUGGGUCCGUUCCAGGAUCCACCCCCCCCAGAACAUGUAUCAGCUCAUUGUUAACCCAUAAUUAAGGCAACCUGUGUGGGACCUUUUAAAAAGCCCACUGGAUCAGAGGCCAUUUGAAUGGAACAUCACCCAGGAGGAGACACGCAUCCCCAAACACUAGAGGUGAGUCUGGCUUCACCUGCCGUCUCUUAACCAGCCUCUGCAUGAAGCUUAGGUCUUACACUCAUGAUGCAUUUAUGGAGAAAAGGUUGGUGCUACCUAAUCGUUUUGUAAAUGUCUAAUAAUUCACAUUUAGCCUCUAUUGGAGUUUCAGGCCUCUAGAUAAGUGUCUCCCAGCCUGGCCCACGGUCCACGUUUUUGCUCCCUGCCAGACAGUCGAUAUACUUGCUCCUACUGGGAGGGAGCAAAAAUGUGGACUGUCUGCGGGUCCCUUAGGACCAGACUGGCCAACGCUGCUCUACAUGGUAUUUAUGCUGUAGGAUAAAACUGUCUUUGCUACAUUUCAGAUUGUCACAUUUGACUGUUAUUGCCACAGACCAUCAAUGACUUGAACAAGCCGAAAUCAGAAUAUCUGCUCAAAUAAUGAAAAUUAUUAUUAUAUUUAUGGGGGCAUAAGUGCACAAUAUCUGAAGCUGCAGCAGCAGAUGUAUAGUUCUGACGAGCGGAUAUGACCAGGGUCAAUCAGAGAACGUGAAGAGGAGCCUGCUAAUGAUCUCCUCAUCUGAAGCUCCACAGCGGCUUAGGUGGAAAAGCCGCAGAUGGGCCCGAUUUAGCAACACGGUGAUCUCCCACGUGCUAGCACGGCGCCACACUGCAUUAUGGGAAACGGGCUCUGAACUCCUAGGCGGGGGCUGUGCGGGACCUUCUGAUCCCCGGAACGGCGGCUGGCAGACGGCAGGGGCCUCAUUAGAAGCAGCGUGGAAGAGGGCGGAAGCGGCGUUUCGGUAGCUAACCGGAGCUUUAAUGAGAAGAGGGUUCGACGUGAGGGAAGAGUCUGGGGGUGUCUGUGGGAAUCUCAGCAUCUCCAAAGACGCUCACCUGAAAAAGGCCGGAAGUUUUCCUCCACUGCACGUUACAUACAAAUCUGAAGUUUGUACAAACAUAUUUGGCUAGAAAAUGUCCACCAACAGUCUUACAGACAAGGAUGGGAUAUGAGGUCAUGGUUUGGCCAUUAAAAUAUUCCUCUGCAUUUCAGUAUAGUGUUGGUGCUUAUUCCCUUAAACCUUUUGGGCCAACAUGGAAACUACUAGAAAGGGGCUGUUCAAAUCCCGAUCCUCAAGGUCCGAGCACUGCUAGUUUCACAGCCUUCCUUUCCCUGUGAGACAGGUGUGAAGCCUUCAGCCAAUCAGAAUCAGCAAUUAUUAAACUAACUACUGGGGCGAACUGAAAACACGGCCUGGAUUUGGAAUCGAGAUUCAAAUUUGAAGUGUCCGGGAUUACACGCCCGAUUAAGCUGCAGGAUUUUCUUUCUGUGUCUCUCCAGAGCUGGAGAACAUGCUUCUCUCAUUGCUGCUGACGCUGUUAUCAGCUCCGACCGUCCUUUCCCAGAAUUCCUCGUUCUGCCCAGGGCCAGCCGACCCCACAGCUGCUCAGCUUCUGAUUGCAGGCUGCCUGGGGACGGGCUUCACUUGGCUCCAGGAGCUGCAGGACAGCUUCCCGUCCCUCUUACGCUUCGCCUGGUGCCUGCGCUGCACGACGGGUCUGUGUCCGCGAGACCUGGAGGACUACGGCUGCUCCUGCCGAUACCAGGGGGGCCGGGGGACCGUCGACGACAUGGACGGGUGCUGCUUCCGCCACAGGGAGUGCUACAGAGCCGCGAGCGAGCGCGGCUGCCGCUCGCAACCCGACACCACGUCUCACAGCAUCACCUGCGGCCAGAGCAACGUGAUUUGUGAUGUGAGCGAUCCAUGUGCCCAGGACUGGUGCCUGUGUGACAAGGCGGCCAUCGAAUGCAUGGGACGGUCCCCCUACAACCCCUCCUGGAGGCACCUGGACUCCGCAUCGUGCCCCUCGGGCCACGCGACCGGUUCUGGACCGCCGACAAACGGUUCCCUUCAGAACCUGCGGGCGGAAGGUUCUCCCGCGGUUCCGGCAGCUGCCGUGGAUUUCCUCACCGAUGGGCCCCUUUUACCAGAAAAUGGAACACUGGCCACCAGCACAUUGGACCCUGAGACUGACCUCAACCAGACCCUGGUGUUUGCUGACCUCUCUGCAGAAUCUCUGUAUGAAGGUGAGACGGAGCUGGAGACAGAGGAAAUGCUGACUGCAGGAUCUCCACGUCCUUCUCUAGAAGGAGAAAGAGAGAGUAGCAGCAUGCGUGCCCCAGAGGCUGAGCAGAACCGUCAGCUGCCUCUGCAGGUCCCAGUGGAGACUCUCUCUGAAGUCCUAAACAGACAAGAAACGAAGACGGCGGUGCCGACCAAGAGACAGGAGACACACACCACGCUAGCUAGCCGGCCUUCGCCGUCCACCACUGAUGCAACGGCAGAAAUGGAUGCUGAGGCAGAAGAUGUGACCGAACCUGUAACGGAGUCAUUGGUUGGUACUAUGCAGACAAUGGCGGCUCCACCAAUCCGCACGACACAUUCUACCCCGAACUCUGCAGAACUUGACUCUUUCACAGAAGCCAAGGAGCCGGUGUCCGCGACAAAAGGCCGUGCAGCUCAGAGAGACAGGAAGAGGACGGUGGCACAACCUGGCACGUCUGCUGAGGCCGAGCCGCAAGACAGGCCCUCGUGCAAAGAGACAGAUUCGCGAGAUGAAUCCCGAGAGAAAGGAGCGUACCAGCCCAAGCCAAAGGCUGUGCCCUUAUUUGCGCUCUCUCUCCUGGAAGCGGCUGGCCUCAUUGACCUUCCUGUGGACCACAACCCUGAAGAGUGCAGCCACACCUUCACCCAGUACGGCGCGGACGGCCGGCCGAGCCAAGAGAUGCCCGCGCUGGGCGAGAUGCUGCACUGCCUGACAGGCCGCUGCCCGCACGACUAUGAGAUGCAUGGCUGCUACUGUGGCCAGGAGGGGCGUGGCCGGCCCGUGGACCAGCUAGACAGCUGCUGUUUCUUCCACCAGUGCUGCCUGGAGCAGAUAAGGAUGCUGGGAUGCCGCCCAGAACGCAGGCUGGGCCUUCACAUCACCUGCCAAGGGGGCCAGCCGCAGUGCUUCGGGAUUGGCGUCUGCGACAAGCUGCAGUGUGUGUGUGACAAAGCCAGUGCCCAGUGCAUGGCUGCUGCCCAGCACAACGAGAGCGUCUCCGCGCAGCAGUGCCGCGGCCCCAAGUCCCCCUGCCGGCGCAGGCCACUCGCCCUGCCCUGGCUCCGCCCACCGACCCACUUGCCCGACUCCAGCGAAGAGAGUGGAACUUGGGAGGGAACAAGACGGGAAGGGAUCCAGAGUCGCCCCAUCCGGCCUGAGGCGGAGGACAGUGUUGCCAUGGAAACCAGUAGAAUGACCAGCGAUGAAGGAGCUGGGGGACUGGGUGAGCUGACUGAGGAAGGAGCCUAGAAAACAGCCCUCCCUCCGCAUUUACGGGGGGUACCAACAGGGGGUGCUCUCGGAACAGCCCAAAAACCUCACAAUGGUAUUUUCUUUAUUAAAUAAACCUUGCACUUUAAAGUUUGUCCAGCUUUAGGUCUCGAAGUGCAGAGCAAAACACAGCAAAACCCACUUCCUGUGGAGUCAGAAGUAUCAGUAUCCCUCCCCCCCGUUAGAGACCGGACCUCCCCUCCUGCCCCCCCACCUGCGGCAUGAAGGCUGAAGCAACCACAUUUUGA